GGCGUGAGCCACCGUGCCUGGCCCACAACGUAUUUUUUAAUGCUGGAAGAAUAAAUGAAUUGAGAGGGUGCUCAGAGGUUAUGCAGGUCCAAUGCCCACCACAGCAGAAAUCCCCUCCGUGAUAACCCUGGCAGGUGAUAACCUUUGGCUUAGACGCCUGUAGCAGGGAGAGCUCACUACGUCACAGAGCAGCCUGUUCCAUUAGGUUUUUAAAAAGCGUUUCACUGUGAUAUUAAGAAUCAUCUCCCUAUGAUCUUUCACGCCUGCUCCCCAGGCCUUCAUCACCCUGACUGCCUCCUGCAAGAGAGCUCAAGCUUGCCAUAUCCUGUGCACUGGUGAUGAGGCCCAGACAAGUCUCUGGCCCUCUGGAUCCGGGUGUCUCUAUGUGCCCUGAAAUGACUUAUUUCAGGAUGGUGGGCACCAAUAUAGCCUCAGGAAUUCUGCAAAUUUGUAAAAAUGAAGGAAGAGUUCAUCUGGUGGCAUAGUUUUUUCUUUUUAAACUUAAGAUGAUGGGAAAAGCUGAAGAAAGUAACACCUCAAAUCUAAAUCUUAUGCAAUCUUAUCCAAAAUAAUUUGGAUACCUCGGGAUCCAGGUUCUGUCUCUCCGAUCUCCUAUUUAGAGACACCAUAAAAGACCAUCUCUGGUCCUGGACUACACUCCACUGUUCAACAUGACGGGCAGUGGUUCUAUUUCUCCAGGUUAGAACCCAUCAGGGGAGUGGCUCCACCGUUAGGAACCUGUAUGUCCUGUGGGCCCAUCUGAUUUCAUCUCCUCUGAGCAGGUGCGGGAUGCCCAGGGGCCAUGCAGAGAGGAGACGGUGCAGCCCUGGGAAUCUGGGGCAGGUGAACUCUUGUCCUGGCCUGUGAGGCCGGCUCUGUGUUCUCUGAGGGGUCACCCUCUGCAGAAGUAUGCUCUCAAGGUGUGGCCUCAGCCAAAAAAACAAACAAGAUGAAGCCUCAAAGUUUAGCUCCAUUGUAGCUAUUGUGCUUGUACCAGAGACUUUUGUCUGGGAGCCGGCAGGAGUCUUGAAGCCUGGUGUUGCUCUGCGUAGGCUGCUGAAAUGACAAGGGGACAGCUCAGCUCUGGACAAAAACACCUCCCUGGACGCUGAGACAUCACACUUUACCUCCAAGUCCUUAACGAGGAUGGAGAAAACCACAGAGUGAAUGCUGGAACUUCCCGGGACGUUCCCUUCCUCACCCAGUACCCCCCGCCAUCAGCCUCAGUCCUUUUCAUUUUAAUCAGUCCCAUAAGCCAGCCUCUACUUUUCAAAGGAUCCGAGGAACCUUCCUGCCAAGUCCCACUGAGCUCUUGCCACACUCGAAGAUGUGGGCCAGGCUCUUGUGUAGGUUAAGGAAGUCUGAGAAGAAUAGAGAUUAUAGGAAACAGUCUACCUUUCUUUACAAGGCCUUGUUUUGCAUCCCUGAAAUCUCAGAUUCAGCUCUUACAAUGAAGUCCUGUUGUAGAAAGAGCUGGCCUUUUAUCACCACUUAAAAUCUAAUUAAUCCAUAUUGAAGCACAAAGAUUUCUGUUGUAUUUUAGGGUGAGGGGUCAUAGAGCCUUCUUUGUUCAUCCUUAGACUUAUAAUCAUCAGGCAUUGGGGAUAUAAUUUUACCAAAUUGGAAGGUAACAGAUCAAGUCCUUAUCAGAAAGCCUAACUCAUAGUUUUAAGAGAGUCCUUCGUCCUUUACAUGAAACAUUAUAUUCAAGAAGAACAAAAACGCAUUUCAGAGUGUCCAAAGAGUUAAUGACCACAGCUUAUAUUCCAGGCAGCAUAGAACCAAGAUCGUCACAUUACCGUCAACCACAAAAGACAGCAGAUCCUAUAGGGGUGGCAAAGUCCUAAGACUUGUUGCAAUGGCUUUAAUCUUUAGAAUAGUGAUGCAAUCUGUUGGACUUUUACUAUCUUUCCUGGGAUGGAUUUUAUCCAUUAUUACAACUUACCUGCCACACUGGAAGAACCUCAACCUGGACUUAAAUGAAAUGGAAAACUGGACCAUGGGACUCUGGCAAACCUGCGUCACCCAAGAGGAAGUGGGGAUGCAAUGCAAGGACUUUGACUCCUUCCUGGCUUUGCCUGCUGAACUCAGGGUCUCCAGGAUCUUAAUGUUUCUAUCAAACGGGCUGGGAUUUCUGGGCCUGCUGGUCUCUGGGUUUGGCCUGGACUGUUUGAGAAUUGGAGAGGGUCAGAGAGAUCUCAAGAGGCGACUGCUGAUCCUGGGAGGAGUUCUGUCCUGGGCCUCGGGAAUCACAGCCCUGGUUCCUGUCUCUUGGGUUGCCCACAAGACGGUUCAGGAGUUCUGGGAUGAGAACAUCCCAGACUUUGUCCCCAGGUGGGAGUUUGGGGAGGCCCUCUUUCUGGGCUGGUUUGCUGGACUUUCUCUUCUACUGGGAGGGUGUCUGCUCAACUGUGCAGCCUGUUCCAGCCACGCUCUCCUAGCUUCGGGCCACUAUGCGGUGGCGCAAAUACAAACUCAGUGUCCCUACCUGGAAGACGGGACGGCAGAUCCUCAAGUGUAAGACUCCGACGAGGCCAGAGAUGUA